AGCCAAUGCCUGACUAGCAAAAUUCUGACAAAAAACUUUAUCCGAUUUAAUCGCUGAAAUGAGGGAGAAACUUGUUAAGAAAAGAACGGCAAAUGAUAAACAAGUGCCUAGUACUUCUCAGAGCAAACGAUCGAAGACGGAUGAGGCCAGUCCGACAGAAAAUUCUGAAGUUUUAGCUGAACAUGUCAGAUUGUUGGUUACACAAGAUUCGGUGCAUACAGGAAGUGAGUCUGGUGCUUUUUGGAGGAAUAUAAGAUCAGUCCUUUUGGAAGUCGAUGCAAGGGAGACAACGCCGUUACUAAAGGUGUUGCCACCCAUACAGGUUUCACAAAGCCGCACAGCAUAUCCGGUUAACGAGCCACAUACCCCUGGAUAUCACGGUGACAGCCCGAUACCUCCUCCAGGAUUGCCGUCUAUUUCUGACCACACAAAGCAGUUAUGUUGUACAACUCGUCCACCAAACCCCACCCAACAAUUGUUCUUCAAGAAGACUGACAAAGAAAAAAGACAGGCACGCGUUCUAAACAAAUAUCAACAUACGCAUCCAAUCCAUAGAGGAAUGAUUGAGGCGGUGGAAGAACCCAACACAUGGAAAAUGGAGAAAAAGAAGCGAGUUGACAACGCCAUUCAAAGGGUCGCCAAGUCGUACGUACACGACCCCAGAAGCUACCAGGAACCCGAUAUCAACGAGCGAGUAGAUAGCCAGUUCAUGCCAACUCGAACAAGAUGUCCAAAGCCAAAGCCUACAAAGCACAGCCUUGUCAUUCUUGACCCCGAGAAGAUGAUACGGGAUCGAAACAACAUGAGUUGUGAUAUCGCACCAGAUCAUCCAUCGGGGAACGUUCCAGAAAGCUGUAACAGUCACCUUGCAGCCCAGAUUGCAUAUUCCGUCUCUGGACACUCAUCCAAGUCUACUCACAACAUCUAUGAUCGCUCUUAUUCCACCAUGCAGAAUGCUACAGCAGCAACAUCCGUACGUAGUGGUGUACCUUUGUAUAACCAACGCUAUGGAGAGAAUGCUGCAGUCCAUUACUACGCAUGCGCACAGCCCGACAACUAUGACCAUAACAUGUAUCCUGUUCACCGACCUACUGCACCAACACCCAUGUUUGACCAAGCAAAGGCAUGCCGACAGGAGCACAGCAACCGUGUCUACAUGUCAAAGGAAAGGACUGAACAAGAAUACGUAGAUGAGCUACGUAUGGAGGAUGCAUGCCCCAAAACUACACAGUGUGAUAUCGAAUUGGAUGCAAAACGCAAACAAAUGCUCGCUAGAAAAUGCAUAGAUAAGAGAAGGAAUGGGGCCGCUUCUUUAAAGAAUGCCGAAUUACUAGCAGCAAACGGAUGUGGUUCUCCAUUCCACAACGCAGGAUCAGCCAGCCAACUUUUCCAGCCAGCACCAUCGCAAAUUAACCACACCGAAUCUUACUCCAAACGCAGACGACACCUUACAGAAUGCCAGCCCGAGUCCGUUGCCCAGCAUCAACAGAUCGCCAGCCAGCCAUACCAACCAGAACCGCCGACCGUAAGGCACACCGAUGACGAUUCUUAUUCCAAGCGUAAACAACAUAUUAUCUACGAGCAUGCAGAUCAACCACGAGCACCAGAUUCAAACAUAGCAGGAAAAGAGGCACGUGAUGACGAAGGGUAUACAACUGAUACUGAAAAGACAAUGAUCCCUAGAUUUACCAAACAGACUCACGGACCAACUAUCCGUGUUGAGCCACAACUUACCUGGAACGCAUCCGCUGCCAAACGAGGUCUCGGAUUUAAAUCAAAGCUUCGCCGCGAGCAAGAAGAAGCUGCCAGACAGAAUAAAGAUCCAACAGACAAAAUUCAAGCCUCAAAAGAGAUCGCCCUGGUCACAUUUAAAUUGUCAGAGGAGGCCCGACAGAGAUGGAAGAAGAAAACCAUAGUCAAAAAGACUUAAAUAUAUUAAAAGACUUUAUGAAUCAACAAAAACUUUAACUUUUUUAUCCAUUUUUGUACGUAUGCAUUAACUUUACAAAGUGCUAUAAAGUGCAAUGAUAUAUCUCCUAUUUUAGGUUUAAAGAGUACAUUUUGUUAUAAUUUUACUUUAAACAUUUAUAUAAUAUCAUCGACGAUAUAUAUAUUUAGCUAGAAACACACCUCCGUUAUUUUUUUGUAAAUAAAUUGUUGAAAAUAUU